GAGCCCUUGUCCGGAAGAAACAUAACCAUAGAUCAGUUCCCAAAUUACAUAAAAUUAAGAUUCGAUGUAAAUUGAAAUCAGGCAGGGGUAUUUCGUGCCAUAGAAAUAUUUAUUCGAGGUCUACACUCUACUGCAACCCCAAAACCCAAAUAACUUUCAUUAAUUACUUAGCCGUACCACAUCUCGCUUUUAAAUACGACAAUCACUCCUCACCUUUCUUUAUCCGGGCUCCUCUGUCAUGGCGAUGGCGGUGACCAGACCUUACCCCUUCUUCGUCUCUCUCCUUGCUAUCCUCCUUGUCGCCAUUGGCGCUUCGAAGCGCCUCGAGUACCAAACCCUAGUCGUCAACCCCCUCCGGAGCUCCCCCGCCUUCCUCCCUGACGACGACUUCCUCACCUGGACUGCCGACUCUCAAACCCUCGCCGACGAGACGGACCUCCCCAAUGCCGGUGGGGCCGCCUUUCCCUCCUCUCUCCACGUCAGCCUCGCCCAUAGGGACUCCCUCCUCGCCGCCAACUCCACCCCGGAGCACCUCCUCCGCCUCCGCCUCGGCCGCGACGCUGCCCGGGUGGCCAACCUCCACGAGAUCCUCGAGGCGGCGACGGCGGCGGGGAACGCCACCCGUGCCGCCGGGGCUCGGCCGAGGGGGUUCAGCGCCUCGGUGGUGUCUGGGCUUGCCCAGGGCAGCGGGGAGUACUUCACCCGAAUCGGGAUCGGCACGCCGGCGAGGUACGCGACCAUGGUGCUCGACACCGGCAGCGACGUGGUGUGGCUCCAGUGCGCCCCCUGCAGGCGUUGCUACUCCCAGACGGACCCCAUCUUCGAUCCCCGCCUGUCCCGCUCCUACGCCGCCGUCCCCUGCGAGGCGCCGCUGUGCCGCCGGCUCGACGAGGCCGGGUGCGACACCCGCCGUCGGUCGUGCCUCUACCUGGUCUCCUACGGUGAUGGGUCGAUCACCGCCGGCGAGUUCUCGACAGAGACCCUCACCUUCCGCGGCGGCGUCCGGGUGGCGCGCAUCGCGCUGGGGUGUGGCCAGGAUAACGAGGGGCUCUUCGUGGCGGCCGCAGGGCUGCUGGGACUCGGCCGGGGGAGCCUCUCGUUCCCGUCCCAGGCCGGCCUGCGCUUCGGCCGCCGGUUCUCUUACUGUCUGGUGGAUCGGACUUCCUCCAGCUCCGCCGCCUCGCCGGUGAAGUCCUCGUCGCUGGUGUUCGGCGACUCGGAGUCGGCGGUGCCCGGGCCGGGGGCGGCGGUGGCGUUCACACCGAUGUUGCGGAACCCGAAAGCGGACACGUUCUACUACGUGGAGCUGACGGCAAUCAGCGUGGGGGGUUCCCGGGUGGCCGGAGUCUCGGCAGCGGGCCUUGGGCUGAACCCGGCGACAGGGAGGGGAGGGGUGAUCGUGGACUCGGGGACGUCGGUGACGCGGCUGGCGCGUCCGGCGUACGCGGCGCUGCGGGACGCGUUCAAGGCCGGGGCGGCGGAGCUGAGGGAGGCGCCGGGCGGAUUCUCGCUGUUCGACACGUGCUACGACCUGGCCGGGAAGACGGAGGUGAAGGUCCCGACGGUGGUGAUGCAUCUCGGCGGCGGGGCGUCGGUGGCGCUGCCGGCGGAGAACUACCUGAUCCCGGUGGACACCAAGGGGACCUUCUGCUUCGCCUUCGCGGAGACCGACAACGGGGUGUCGAUCAUCGGUAACAUCCAGCAGCAGGGGUUCCGGGUGGUCUUCGACGUCGCCAGGUCGAGGGUGGGGUUCCUGCCUCGCGGGUGCUAAAUUGCCAAUCUCGGUGGGGGCGGCGGUCGGCGUCGGGCGGAGAGCUCAAAAGGCUUCUCUGUCGCGCCCGGUGUCGUUACCGCGCCGUUACGUUCUAUCACUAGCAUCAAAUUCUGUUAAGCAGCUUGAAAAGAAGCGAAAGAGUGAAGUGUCGAGUAAAAUAGCACUGUGACCUGGUUUACGUUUUUCGCUAACUUAAUGAUAACUUUUGUGAGGUUUUUUUUAUUAGUGCGUUUACUGUUGCUUUCGAGUCCA